UAACCAAGCAUUUUUUCCACCAGCUACAUUUUUCACCUUUGUAGCUGGCUUGUUGAAGUUGCGAUUUUCACUCAAAAUCGCGUUGACAAAAUCAAAAUUCACAGUGAAUGAUUCAAAAUGAGUGCGUUUUUCAGCUUGCUAAUACAAGGCUUCGGCACUAUCCAGGCUAAAAAGCUAUGGGUCAGAACAUUCUCCGCAGGCCAUGGUUCAAUGAAAGUUACAGUAGUGGGAGCAGCAGGUAAAAUUGGGCAGCCGCUCUGUCUGAUGCUGAAGCAGUCGCCCCUCAUCGAUGAGCUGUGCAUUCACGACCUCAAACCCACCACAGGAUUGGGACUGGAGCUCAACCACAUCGAUACCAAGUGCAAAGUUUCGGCCUUUUCCGGCAAGGACAAUCUUCAGUUGGCGCUGCAGCACUCGAAAAUCGUUGCUCUGAUGGCUGGAGCCCCUGGGGCAGACGCCCUCCCUUACGACAAGAUGUGGGAGCCCAACUCGUUAGUAGUCAAAGAAAUUAUGGGCGAAGUUGCUAGGAUCUGCCCCAAGGCGCUGGUGGCAAUUGGGACGAACCCAGUUAACAGCCUUGUGCCAAUGGCGUGCGAGGUUCUGAAGAAAAGCGGAUCCUACAACCCCAAUGGAAUAUUCGGCAUCACUGCCUUAGAUUCGGUCAGGGCCAAUACUUUCGUAGCGCAUGUUCAGGGUGUGGAACCGGAAUGCGUGAUGGUUCCAGUGGUUGGAGGUCAUUCUUCAGAGACGAUUAUUCCCGUUCUGUCCCAAGCCAAACCAUGUGCAGAAUUUUCCAAUGCGGAGAUUGAAAACAUCACAGCCAGCAUAAGAAACGCCCAAGGAAACAUCGCCAAACUGAAAGCCAACGAGAGUGGGCAACUGGCCAGCGCUUUUGCUGCGGCCCGUUUCAUAAUUUCGCUGGUGAAAGCCCUUCAAGGCUAUCCAGAUAUUGUGGAGUCGGCCUUUGUCAACUCCAAGGUGCAUCCGUUUCUCAAGUAUCUCGCCACCCCGUUGCUGCUCGGCCCUCUGGGAGUAACGAAGAACUUCGGCCUGCCCAAGCUGAGCGACUUCGAGCAGUGCAUGUUCGACAAUGCGGUUCCCAUUUUGGCCAACGACAUCAAGAAAGGUGAGAAAUCAGUGGGCGUGUUCGAUCCGCCUCCUCCUUGCGACCCUUGCGCCCCACCACGAGUUACUCCUUGCCCACACGACUGGUGUGAGACGAAGAAUUGACCAAUCAAUAUCAGCAAUUUUAGUUUAGAAGUGUUGUAUUGGUCAGUGAUAGUCGUCUUGAUUUAGAGCUAAAUGAACAUGUGCAUGAAUUUCACCCUGCGGGUGCUAUAAAACCACGGCCAAUUUACAUAGUGAGUGUUAGAUAUGCACAUUAAAUGCUUACUCCAGCUA